GAUGUUUCAUAGUCGGUAAGUAGUCGUCGCGCGAACUGCGUUCACGCAGCUUUUAGUUGCUUGUAAUCUGUAAGGGAAUUUCUUCAAUUGACUUGACUAUUUAAAAUUAUACAAUAAAAAGGAAAUUGUUAUUCUUAGACGGAAUUUUAAUGUUGGCCAAUCAUAUUAUUUUUCAUCAAAAUCUUUCUCAUUUUAGUUAAAUAAUGUAACGGAUAAUGAAAUUGGCCGGAUGACAAAAGAUAAAUACUAACACCGACUGCUGAUAAAAACGCCGCCAAAUUAAACGGAAGACUAAGAAUAAAUAUAGUGGACUCGUAAUCAUUGAAUUUUAUUCAUGCGCGCAAUGUGCAGUAACAAUAAAGACCGGAAAAAUAAAUAUAUAUUAAUAUCAAAAGAAAGAUGUAAUGAACAAAAGCAGGAUUAAAUAAUGUAUAAAAGCUGAAAGAAAUUAUAGUGAAAGCACAUAGAAUAGAAAGAAAAGAAAUGACAUUGAUGAUUCAAGAUAUAUAGUGGCAAAGAAAAUAAAAAUACGAUUUCCAAACAUAGACCAAUAAAAGUUACAACAAUUGGUGAUGGAACUGUCGGCAAAACAUGUAUGCUUAUUACAUAUACAACAAAUGAAUUUCCUUCGGAAUAUGUACCUACUGUUUUUGAUAACUAUGCAGGAACGAUACAUGUAGAUGGACAGGAAUUUGAUAUGACUUUAUGGGAUACUGCUGGUCAAGAAGAUUAUGAGCGAAUUAGGCCUUUAUCUUAUCCAAAUACUGAUUGCUUCUUGAUCUGCUUUUCAGUGAAUUCUCGCACUUCUUACGAAAAUGUUGCAAAUAAAUGGCAUCCAGAAAUUAAACAUCAUUGUCCAAAUACACCUAUAGUUCUAGUUGGUACUAAAGGAGAUCUUAGAAAUGCAGAAAAUGUUGAUACAAUUACCUUUAAGGAAUGCAAAAAAAUGAAAAAGAAAAUAAAAGCUUAUAAAUAUGUAGAAUGUUCUGCUUUGAAACGGGAAAACUUAGAAGAAGUUUUCAAUGAAGCAAUUCGGGCAGUAUUGAAAAAACCAUCUAGUAAACUUUGUUGUUCAUUUUAAAAAAUUAAAUUAUAAAAUAUUUAUAAUUAAUUAUUAAAAAAUAUUGACUUAUUA